CGUCUCCUUCCCCUUUCGCCUCGCCCAAAGUCCUCUUUUUCGUCUCCUGGAGGGUCGUUUCACUCACUUGGGGUUGUUCUUUUUUCCUAUUCUUUUUCAUUUCUCUUCCUCGCCCUGAUUCAUCCAGAUCCAUCACCUACAACCCUCCAUCGGAUGCCGGUUGGUUAUCUUGGUGAUCAAGAGAGAAGGGACGAUUGAUCGCUUUUUCCCCAUUGCAUCGCGAUUCCAGGGGUUAACGCCAGCACGAAACCCCCAGUUUUUCAUCCACGACAACCUUUGUCAACUUCGACUUCGACUUCGAGAUUGGCGACGCCCGUGAAAACGGAGUUGUGAGCCAGCAACCAACCAUGGCGGAGGUCGACAGCAUCGUUGCGGACGACUCGUUCGUACAGUCCGAAGCCCCUGACGAACCGGCUACGCACAACAUGACUGUCAGCGCGACCGUGGGUACUCGCCGGCAGGCGAACGGGACUAUUGGGUCAGUGUAUUCGGGCAACAAGAUCCGACAUCUCAAGAAGGAGGACGGCAUCCCGCUGUGGCGCAAGGACAUCCAGUACGAGUUCCUCAAACUCGUCUUCGAGGACAAGACCCCCGUCUUUACGCGCUACUCGGACGGCCAGCGUAACUUGGACUUUGCCGAUAUCUACAUCGAUUCAAUGGCGCGCAGCAGCAAGACCAGCAAGAUUCUCAAGGAUAAGUUGCAGAAUGACAAGCAAGCCGCCAUUAGCAUGGCUAUGGUGUGUCUGCUGGUCAAUUUUGGCCGGAUGAACACCACCCUCAAUUUCUUCCCGGAGAUGCGGGCUCAGUUACGGACCUACCACUCAAUCCCUUCGUUGCAAGCACGCCAGGACCCCAAUGCCUACAAACAACUGCAGGAUGCACCGCGGCUCAAGUCCAUCCUCAAGGGCGCCUCCGAGGAUACCGACCAACCCAACAGUCUCGAGAAGAUCAAGCGUGCUCCUAUCCCGCGUACAAACCCCGUCAACCUCAUCUUUGUACUCGCGCAAUACGCGCCCAAGGUGUCGGAGAUGCACUUCUUUCCCCCGCGCGAUUUCUUUGAUCUUGUCAUGCGGUCCACACUUAGCAGUCGGAGUCGCGCCAAGGCCUUUCUCUGGCUGAUGUGGUGGUAUCUGGAGAGCGAUUUCACUCGCGAGGACGCCCUGCGGAACCCCUUCGGAGCCGGUCUGGACGGUGAAGGCACCGGCGGGUUGCCAGUCAAGGUUCCGGCGUUUGAGAGUUUGACGGAGGAGCAAGCGGAUGGCGAGAACGUCGACACCCAGUCAGAACUCGACUACGGUGAAGCGAAGCGCCUCGAGCGGAAACGUAUCCUUGAGGAAGAAGAUCCUACGCCUCGAGUCGUGAAACGGUCCAAGAAGGGUAUGGCCGAUUACGGCUACGAUGAUGACCCAGCCUCAGGAGAUCUAUCUGGCUUUGUCUCCGGACGAGAUCGGAUGGGCGCCGGUGACCGCGGAUCUGCCAUGUCGACUCCUCUGCAUCCGUCGGCAAGACGCUAUCCCCUUAAUGAGGAAGACGACUACCAGACACCUGGCCAGUCAGCCCAAUCACGGUACAAACGGCCUAAGCGCGAGUCAUCGCUGAACCGCUCCGUCGGCCAGCAGCGCCUGAUCCUCAAGACGAAGAUGGACCAGACACCCGACGCCGCGUCCCCCGCGCCCCCGGGAUCUGGGCACCCCGUUCUGAACCGUUUCGUCACGGAACCGUCGCUCACCCAACCGGCGCUGAUUCGGCGGCCGCGGCCGCUCACCCAGCACCAGCUGGCAGUGGAGCAGAAUCGCCGCCAGCGAAUUGAGUACCUGCUCGCGAAGCGCAAGUCCGAGGCCUACCGCCUCCUCCGCACCAAGCGCGAAAGUGAGAUCCCCUUUGCGCGGUAUGGCCGCCUUCUGCAGAGCCUGCCGGAUGGCUACGACACGGAAGAUGAGGAACACAGCUGGGGCAAAGGCGGGCUGGUCCCCAAUCCCGAUGAGGAAGAGGAUUACGGUGAAUCAGCCAAUUAUUUCCUGUCGAUCAUCCGCAAAGCGACCCGACGGCUGGACCGGUGGGAUCCAGACGAAGCGAACGGGCCGAGGAAAGACCGCCAGAAGGAGCGCGAGGAACGACACAAAGCCAAAGAGAAUAUGUUUGCGCUUGGCUACCCAGCAGAGCCGUCUCGUGGCGGAGCGACCGCCGCCGGUGGUGCCGGUAGCGGAGGUGGUUCUCGCGCCAAGGCCCGCCCUUCGAAACGCAAACCGGCCAGUACGACCGCCACCCCAAGGAGACCGGCGGGCUCUGGUGCUGCUCGCAGCAAAGCCAGCCGCCCGCGUCCAAAUCGUGGAUCGGCCGCGGACUCGACGCCCGCUGGCUCGACGCGGGAUGGUCUGGAGGCGCCGUCGCACGAGCCAGAGCUCUCGCCGAUGCCUGCCUCCAUGGGUGACGGCGACGGGGAUGGAGACGAGGGCCUGGACGAAAUUGACAAGGAGCUCCUGGGCGAAGGGAGCGGCGAUGACGACGACGACGAUGACGAUGCGGACCGCUCGCACGCUCACCUGCCACGGCGCGACCUGCGGGACGAACCAGGCUACGAGGACAGCUUCCUGGGCGAAGGGUACGAGGACGCACUGUCGUCGGACAACGACGAUGAAGCCGACGAGGACGACCUCGAAGACGACAACUCAUCCGCCUCCGACGGCGGGAACGGCUAUGCCGCCAGCGAAAGCUCAUCGGUUGCCGGUGAUGCCCUGGAUGCCGAGCCGGAGCGCAUCGUGGCCGAGGGAGAAAUCGACGACGAUGAAAUCAUGGGUGAUCAUUAAUAUUGUCUUUUUCUACUAUCCUUUUUAUUCUUCUUUUACUAUCAUUAUUAUUAUCCCUUUUUUUUUUCUCCUUCCCCUUUAUCUUCUAUCUCAUGUUCAUCGUUUUCCAUGUCCAUCCGGUCAUCUCAUAUGGCAUGACUCGUAUCACCACAGGCCUAGGCAUGUCCUUUUGCAUCACAUAAAUGCAAUAUUUCUUUACUAGGUUUCUAAUGAGAUUGAAUACCAGCUUACAGAUACAUCUUCACCUAUGCUUGACGUCUAUCCUUUUCAAGAUAUAGUUAUAUAUAUUCUUUCCCAAC